AUGCUUAACCGACUCCUCCGGCCGCAGAGCGCUCUGCGUGCAGCCUCUUCUCUGACGCAGAAACCCGUCUCCGCCCUCCCACGCUUCCAGACCCGAGGAUUGCACCGUGUUCCCCAGUUGACUCACGAUGCCCAUUUCAAGAACAAUGGUGUUUCCGAGUUCCUGUCGCCUGAGGCUUUCGACUUUGCUUGGACACAAUACCAGAGUCUCCUCAUUGACAAGCUCAACCUUUUGACGCAGGACACCGUCGAUGCCGAUGCCAAACCCGGAGAACUGCUGGUCAAGUACUCCCGGCGCCCGGAGAUGGCCUCCGUGUUCAACUACGCCUCGAUGGCUCACAACAACCACUUCUUCUUCAACUGCCUGUCUCCCACAACUACCCAGAUCCCUGAAAAGUUCUCGAAAGACAUUAUCGACACCUGCUCGUCGAUUGAAUCUCUGAAGCUCGACUUCUUGGCCACCGCCAAUGCCAUGUUCGGACCCGGUUUCGUCUGGUUGGCUAAGAACCUUGAGAAGGAAGGACUGAUGCACAUCUUCUGCACCUACAAUGCCGGCUCGCCUUACCCAGCUGCUCACUCUCGCCGCCAACCGGUUGACAUGGCCACCCACUCCCCCGAGACUCCUCUCGGUAACCAGUUUGCUGGCUCCAUGGGAGCUCACUCUCAGAACCAGAAGAGCCUGGCCCCUGGUGCUGUGGACGUGCAGCCUAUUCUCUGUGUCAACACCUGGGAACAUGCGUGGAUGAUGGACUACGGUAUCGGUGGUAAGGCCGAGUACCUAGAGCGCUGGUGGGACCGAAUCAACUGGGAGGUCGUGUUCGACAACUACAACGCGGUCAGCUCGGUUAAAGGAGGACGCAACUCGGCCAACCGGGGUCGCAGUCUGAGCAUGCUAUGA